GUCGCGCGGACGGGGCCGAGCCGCGGGUGCCGGGAGGUGGCCGGGCCACCCGCGCCGCCGCCCCCCAGCCUGACGCACGGAGGGCCGGGCAGCGAUUUGCCGCGGGCCCGCCGCCCGGGCCGCUCCGCCCCCGGCCCGCCUCCCUCCCGCCUCGCCCAGCUCUCCGCCCGCCGCGCCGGCGUCCCCGCGUCGUCCCCAGCGCCCGCCAGCCCGGCCCGCGCCAGCCAGCAUUUGAAAAAUAUUCUGCCUACCGUGGUGUCUGAAGAGAGGCCUGCUGCCAUUUGAAUUGUUUUUCAGAACACCGGAAGCAAGAUCUUGGGAGAAGAGAGAUGAUCACAGCCCAGAGAAACGCUGCCCCGGCAAAGCCAGGACGACCCGUAGCAGGCAGGAGUGAGAUGGAGGCCUCGGUGAUACUGCCCAUCCUGAAGAAAAAGCUGGCCUUCCUGUCAGGAGGGAAGGACAGGCGCAGCGGCCUCAUCCUGACGAUCCCGCUAUGUCUUGAGCAGACGAACAUGGAUGAGCUGAGCGUCACUUUGGACUACCUACUCAGCAUUCCAAGUGAGAAAUGUAAGGCCAGAGGAUUCACUGUGAUCGUGGACGGCAGGAAGUCUCAGUGGAAUGUGGUGAAGACGGUCGUCUUAAUGCUGCAGAAUGUUGUUCCGGCUGAGGUAUCCCUUGUAUGUGUAGUGAAGCCAGAUGAAUUCUGGGAUAAGAAAGUAACCCACUUUUGUUUUUGGAAAGAAAAGGAUAGACUUGGCUUUGAGGUUAUUUUAGUGUCUGCCAAUAAGUUGACUCGUUACAUAGAGCCAUGCCAGUUGACAGAAGACUUUGGUGGGAGUCUUACCUACGAUCACAUGGACUGGCUAAAUAAGAGGCUGGUCUUUGAGAAGUUUACGAAGGAGUCUACGUCAUUGCUAGAUGAACUUGCUCUGAUUAACAAUGGAAGUGAUAAGGGGAACGAGCAGGAGAAGGAAAGGUCUGUGGAUUUAAACUUUCUUCCAUCUGUUGAUCCUGAGACAGUUCUUCAGACAGGGCAUGAGUUGUUAUCUGAAUUACAGCAGCGUCGAUUUAACGGUUCUGAUGGCGGGGUCUCGUGGUCUCCUAUGGAUGAUGAGCUGCUCGCACAGCCACAGGUUAUGAAGUUGUUAGAUUCACUCCGGGAGCAGUACACGCGCUACCAGGAAGUCUGCAGGCAGCGCAGUAAGCGCACACAGCUAGAGGAGAUCCAGCAGAAGGUGAUGCAGGUUGUGAACUGGCUGGAAGGGCCUGGAUCUGAGCAGCUGAGAGCACAGUGGGGCAUUGGUGACUCCAUCAGGGCUUCCCAGGCCCUGCAGCAGAAGCACGAGGAGAUUGAGAGCCAGCACAGUGAGUGGUUCGCAGUCUAUGUGGAGCUUAACCAGCAGAUUGCAGCGCUCUUGAAUGCCGGGGACGAGGAAGACCUGGUGGAAUUGAAGUCUCUGCAGCAACAGCUCAGCGAUGUUUGCUACCGACAGGCCAGUCAGCUAGAGUUUAGGCAGAAUCUCCUACAGGCAGCUUUGGAAUUUCAUGGUGUGGCCCAAGAUUUGUCUCAGCAGUUGGAUGGCUUACUAGGCAUGUUGUGCGUGGAUGUGGCACCGGCUGAUGGAGCAUCAAUUCAGCAGACUUUAAAACUGCUUGAAGAGAAGUUGAAAAGUGUUGAUGUGGGAUUGCAAGGCUUGCGAGAAAAAGGCCAAGGUCUCCUGGAUCAGAUCUCCAAUCAGGCCUCCUGGGCCUACGGGAAGGACGUGACUGUGGAAAAUAAAGAAAACGUGGACCACAUACAAGGCGUGAUGGAAGACAUGCAGCUUAGAAAACAAAGAUGUGAGGACAUGGUGGACGUGCGGAGGCUAAAGAUGCUUCAGAUGGUGCAAUUGUUUAAGUGUGAAGAGGAUGCUUCCCAGGCAGUGGAAUGGCUAAGUGAACUUCUGGAUGCCCUGCUGAAGACCCACAUCAGACUGGGUGAUGACGCUCAGGAAACGAAGGUUUUACUGGAAAAGCAUAGGAAAUUUGUCGAUGUUGCACAGAGCACUUACGACUACGGCAGGCAGUUGCUGCAGGCCACGGUUGUUCUGUGCCAGUCCUUGCGCUGUACGUCCCGGUCCUCAGGGGACACACUUCCUCGGCUGAACAGAGCGUGGAAGCAGUUUACAGUAGCGUCGGAAGAGAGGGUGCAUCGCUUGGAGAUGUCGAUUGCCUUCCACUCAAACGCUGAAAAGAUUUUGCAAGACUGCCCAGAGGAGCCUGAAGCAAUUAAUGACGAGGAGCAGUUUGAGGAAGUUGAAGCAGUUGGGAAGUCACUGCUGGAUAGACUCACUGUCCCCGUGGUUUACCCUGACGGAACUGAACAGUAUUUUGGGAGUCCAAGUGACAUGGCUUCUACUGCCGAGCACAUCAGAGACAGAAUGAAACUGGUCAGUCUCAAAAGGCAGCAGCUGAGACAUCCCGAAUUGGUGACCACGGAAAGCUAAUAUCCCCAGCUCCCACAGAUCUGCAGGUCAUAUGCCCACACGUCACUGGUGGCACGGCUGUGUUAUCCACAGCUCAUUAAGAUGCAUUUCCCAGCAGGAUAAGCCUCCUUUCUUCCCACAACACGUCUCUCUAAAUGCUAACACCUCUUGGCUACCGAAGCAUAAUCACGUAAUGUGCUGUGAUGCUCUAGACUCCAGGUACCUUAACAGAAGGAACUGUAAACACUGCACUGGGUCCUUGCUUUCACGCUUUUACCUGACUUGGCCAGUUUGUAGAUGAACAACUGAUAAUAAGCUUUUGAAUGGUGCUAAUCGGAGCUUAGGAAUUCUCUGUAAGAACAUGGUUGCCCUUCCUCCCCAGGUGAUGUAGAAUAUUUAGACCAUAGUUAGACUGUUAGUGGAUAGUGGCGUCCUCAAAAUUUCACUCUGUAAUUCUUCAAAAUUGAUUAUUUUUAUUGUCUAUAUGAAGAAAACCCUCCAGGUCUUUGACAUAUCCUAUUCAUUGGAAGACAUUUUCCUAUUGCAGUUAUAAUGUAUUAAAAGUUGUCUGUGCCUCAUAAAAGUCUUCUUCAAGCUUCUCACUUAAUUUGGUUAGUUACAUCCCGAUUCUAAACGUGAGUGCCUUACUAAAAGGCCAUUCUUAGGGUUGUGAGGAUGGGCUAGUCAUUUGGUUUUAAUGGUGGCUGCAUGUAUUUUAGGCAGAAAUUUCAUAUGUAUGCAUGUGUAUAUAUUAAAAAAUAAGCAUGUUUAUUGUGAAAAGAUUAGACCUUUAAGAACAAUAAUAGAAGACUAUUUUUAAUUUUUCUCUUGAAAAAUACUGUCCAAAUAGUUAACUACUCUAAAGAUGGUUGUCUUUGGGGAAGGAGGGCUGAGGAUGAAGGUAUGCUUAACUAUUUCAAUGUAAUCUUUUAUAUCACAGUAAUUGCUCUGGAACUAAAGCAGAAAUUGUUAAUAAUAUUUAAUAUCUCAUGACGCUAGAGACAAAAUCAUCCUGAAGAAGUCUAGUCACAAAAACUACAGAUCUUUAGAAAUAAAAUUUGUCAUAAAAUGGUAAUGCUUUUUAUGUUUGUAUUAAGUUAUAAAAUGUAUAUAAUUUAACAUCGUGUUAAUUUUUAUUUUAGAAGAUUUUUUUAAAGGUGAAAACCAACUGGGCUUAUGAUCAGUACAGAAUUAUGCAAAGAAUUGUAUGCUGGUUUGUUUUUGCAGUCUAUAGUGAUGCUCACAUACUCUCCUGUGCUAAAGCCAGUUUUCUCCAGCCUCUUCUCUGCCAGCCUUGAAGAAUUCCAUGUUCCUUGUCCGCCGUUCUCAUCACUCUCUCUGCAAACCUUUCUGUUAGCUGUUACACCUCACUCUAUGAGAACCUGUUCUUUUGAAAAUCAGCCGUAGUCUUCCAGUUACCGAAUCAAAUGCUUUCUAUCUGUCCCAUCGCAUCCCUUACUCUGUAUUCCUGGCAUCUCCCAAAGCCAUCUUUCAAGGAUUGUAUCUCUGCCAUCACCGUGAGUGUAGAUCUGGACUCAUUGAGAACAGGUCUCUUGCACAUGCACACUCGGCUGCUGUCCUGGGCUCAUGUAAGACAUCUCAUCCCCAGUGCCCUCCCGCGUUACCCGUCUGAUCUAAAUGCACAGCUUUCAGCCAUCUUCCUGCCAUUUUCACCUAAAUGAAGGAUGCGUCCUUGUCUCUUUUACCUGGAGUAGUUUUGAUUAAUGGUGCCACAGUGUCCAGGGCAAAUAUUCAAUUGCUCCCACGUCUCACACUGCCACUGCCUCUGGCACCAUCCAGAAGUUCUCUCUGUACUUGUAACCCUCCUUCAGGGCUUUCCUCCGGUGACUCUUUCAGUCUCACGACGGUGCUGAGUCUUUCCUAUCCUGUCCUACGGUCCUUCAUGGACUUCACUGUUGUCCCACGUGUCAUGUGCCUAGACCUUGCCUUGUGUUUAACGUGCUUGGUCCUCAACGUGUGUGUCAGUGUGGGCGUUAGUAAUAAUUCCUCUUCUGCUGUGGUCUGGGGUGUAUGAAAACAGUGGUGCUUCCUAGAGUCGGGCUGACUUGCAGAUCUGCUUCUGUGGAGUGUGUAUGUUAGAUCCUUAGACAUGCAACUUUAAAUGCUUGUUUCUUAUAUUCAGUAUCUGUUUCUUACACUGAAUUUCAGAGUUGCCAGUGUUUUCAUUAUGAAUGUAAUUAUAUCAUCAGCUCACGGAUGCAAAAUUCCAAAUGAGUUAAGUUCAAUGCACCUUAAGCUCUCUUUCCUUUUAAAAACGUAAAGUAAGAUAAAAUAUGGAAAUGCCAUGUGUGAUUUGAAUAGUCACAUACAGCAAGAUACACGAAUAGUCACUCUUGAUUGGCAGAUGUCCUGCCCCUCUGUUUGUGUGUCUUUGUUAUGAAUAAAAAAGUUAUGAAUAAAAACCCAGCAAUGCCCCAGACCGAUUUCUUAUAUGGUCACAGUUCACCUAGAGGACACAUGAAGGAUGUGACUUCAGUCUGUUCUUUUGUUUUGUUUUGUUUUUGUUUUUUGGUUUGUUUUUUUUUUUUUUUGGUUUUUCGAGACAGGGUUUCUCUUUGUAGCUUUGGAGCCUGACCUGGAACUAGCUCUUGUAGACCAGGCUGGCCUCAAACUCCCAGAGAUCCACCUGCCUCUGCCUCCCGAGUGCUGGGAUUAAAGGCGUGCGCCACCACCACCUGGCUUUCAGUCUGUUUGGAAUCUCAGGCCUUUGCUAUGUUGAUGCUGACCUUGGCUUCCACGUGUAAUUGAAAAGAAAUACAUCUUUCUCACUGGUUCAGUGCCAUAGCCCCUACAUCACUGUAGUUCCUCCUAGGGAUUGACUGACAUGUUAGCUGGGCGACUUUUAUUAGGUUGUGUCUGUCUGCCUUUUCUCUUUUCGUUCCUGUGUGAACUCGUAGACAGUGGCGGUUCGGUGUCUUCUCUUAGUGCUCUCUGACGCAGCAGAGCUGUGAUGGAGAGACGAUAGCUUUCUUUACAUCAGUUUGGCUCUGUUCCCAGUUCUCACUGCUUUGACCUUACUGUACAAGGGUGAUCGUUAGUGAUAUUGGUGAAACUGCUCAGCCUGCUCACGCAGGUUCAGUACUGCAGAGCUGAGUGGAUCUCUUGCUCCAUUGGGAUUUAAAUCGGCUUGAAUGUUACCUACUUGUCACUUCUUUACUUUCAGGUGAUGUGUGGUGUGGUGUGAGGAUUGUUACUGCCAUCCUCACUGAGAACAUGUCAAGUUGCGUUUUUGACAGUGCUAAGCAAAUCAUACUCUCUCAUCUAAACCCCUCUGCAUGCAAUGGAAUGAUUGUCAGGUGGGCUGAAUAUAUCCCGGCGCACAGGAUACCUGGAAGAGGUCAUCCGCCUUUCUUUUAUGUGCUGUAUAACUUUCCAGAAGAGAUUUGGUAUUCUUGUGUGGCUCUCACAUCCUAACUCAAGCACACUUAGUCGUAAGAAAACCAUGAUGGCUGCUAACAACUAAUGCUAUUCUAGCUGGUGCAAAUCUGUACAUCUGGAGUCUGUAUAGAAGGCACAGGUAGAGAAAAGCAUCAGUAAAUAGGCUGUGAUCCGCAACAAGGUUUGUGCAGUGCUCGUACCUUUGAUUAAGCACCGAAAGGAAAAGGUCUCUAGGAUUUAAAAAGAUGUGUGAAGACAGCCAAAACAGUUAACCGAGUUAACAGACUUAGCAGUGCUACCUUUCAGCUCUAGAAGUAAAGAGUCUCAGUUGAGAGCAGAACGUAUUUUCUGAUACGCAGCCAACAGAUAUCUUGGUGAAACGACAUGGAUAGCAUUUGACACUCCUUGACUUCCUGAAAUCAAUAUAUGUCAAUAAAUAUCCCCAAAGCUCUAAAAUUUGGAAUGCGCAAGUCAUCAAUUUCAAUAAUGAAACAUAGUAAUCUACAGAAGUAUUGAGGAUUGAAGGGGCAUGAACAGUGGAAGGUAUCAUUGCUGUAAUCCUACAGAGUAGGAAAUAAUACUCCUUAAUCUUGCUCUGCCUCAAGUGGCAUUCAUGGAGUAGUAAAGAGGGUGUAUGUUUAUCCUCUCUACUCCACAUUCCCUUCAGCCCUGCCCCUUCACCCCUACCCAUAUCUCACCAAUGGAUAAGGAAAUGUGCAUUUAGAUUACCUGCGGAAGUACAGAGGGUGGAGCUAGUGCCCGCUUCAGUAGAAUGAAGCUUUAAAACUGACAGUCUCUUCUGGGGACGAUGACAGAACGUCAAGGUGGACGAUACCGCACAAGUAUCUUCUGUGCUGUGUUUGACAGGGCAUGAGACAACUCCAUUAGCUCCAUUAAUUAACACAAGCCGAAGAAAGUUGUGGUUGGAGUGUAUUAAGAAGGAAACAAAUUUAAAGCCAAGAGUGUAAGUCUGAGGAGAUUUGUAGAAUCUCCCAGUACUGGGGUAAAUACGGCGUGAGUCCACCAUUAGUGCUGGUCUCGCUUAGAGAAGAGGCGAUUUGACAGACAGGCAGUGCUGACAAUGGGGAAAGACCAGUCCUGUAAUGGAGACUUAGAAAUGGGGUGUCCCAUGAUGGUGCCAGUCUGUGGAGGUGACGCUCAGUGUGACUCAAUGCCCCAGCAGGAGUUUGUAGCGCAUGUGAGAAUAAACGCUAAUCUGUGUACCAGGACACAGCAGAACCUGUGCUCGGGCACGAAGAGCUCAGGAAAGCCAGUGCUGAAACUAAAUAUUAUGAAAGCUGGGGAGUAAAUGUUUCAAAGAAUCGAGAUUAUUUUUGUGAGAACUCUUUAUGAGGCGAGAUGCAGUAUAUGAGUCUUAUAUGUCAUGAUACAGGAAUUCUAAACAUGGCUAAAAAUAGUGACUGUUGGGCAUUUAGAGCAGAGGUGGGAAGGGCUUGAAGUAAGACAUGUGGAACACGGGGGCCGUGCGCGCUGAGGCUGGUUCCCAGUGAACCAUAAUCGAAUGCAGAGUCCUUGGACUGGCCGGAUAGGGUGAAGGCGCCUGUCCUUUGAAGGCAGUGGCUGCUCACUCUGCAGGGUGAAGCCUCACCCCCGUGUGUUUUGUUUUCUGACUGAUUUAGUUGAUUAGAUGGAGCACAAACAAGUCUUACUUUUGUCAUUUCUCCAAAGAAUGUCUUCAUCUUGGCCCGGUGUUAGUCCUCACAGCCAGUUCAGUCGCUUGAGUGACAUCGGGGUGGAUGGACUUCUCAGCUCAAAAUACCGCUUGGGCAGUUUUUCACCAGAGUAGAUUGGGAACUGAUGAUCACCUCACACUCUAAAGAGAAGCGUAGUUUUCUAAAUUGGCACAAAAUAGUAUUUGGUGGCAAUGAUUUUCUAAGGGCCUUUUAGGGAGUAAAUGGCAACAUUUUAUUAUAAAAAUUUAAAGUCCAUGAAAUUUAAAAUGAUUUCAUAGUGUCCUCACCACUUGGGCGUUAGUGCAUAUUGCCUUAUCACAUGCCCUUCCGUCUGUCCAUCCACCCAGAUUAUUUUUGAUGUAUGUAAAAUUGCAAGCUCCUGUAUACUUCCUUCUGAACACUUCGGCUUACCUCUUGCUCAUAGCUUUCUUUUGCUGUGAAAUCUACCUGGAGAGAACAUUCCCAUGCCCUGUGUGUUCUUAAAUACGUGAGUGCGACGUAGAGGAAAACCUAUUCUAGAAAGUUCUCCCCAAUCCCUGACCCCACAUGACCCAAGCGCUGCUCUUUUUCCAACUGUAAGUUAGACUGUUCUGUUUUAGAACUUGAUUAGCAUCUCAUGUCAAGUACUCCCUUUGAUAAGCCUUCUUCACUACCAUAUUUGGGAGAUUUAUCCAUGGAGUUGGUUUUAUUAAUUCAUUUUUGUUUUAUUGCUGAGUUGUGUUCCCAUUGAUUGUAUAUUACCACGUGUUUUUCCAGUUUCUUAUUGGCUAAUGGGGCUGUUGGCAGGAGUGUCAAUCACCAACAAAGCUGCAGUGAUUAUUCUUACAUACGUCUGUGUGAAAAUAGUUGUUCAUUCACUCAUGGCUAAAUAGUUAAAAUUGCUGGCUUGUAGGAGUGUUUUUAAAAAGAAACUACCAUUCACUUUCCCAACAUGAUUGUUCUGUGCUCUGAUUUUUAUAUUUUGAAUGUGUAAAAAGGUGUAGACUAUUUUUUUCUGAUUGCCGUGUUUAAAUAGUAAAAGAAGUUGGGGUAGAAAUGAUAUCAUUCAUGUUUGAAUGUGGUAGUUGGCAUUUGAGGGAAGUAAGGGAGCCUGUCUGCCACAAAGUAGCUCCCCAAGAGGUUCCUAAGACGUGAAAUUUUAGAAUUAGCUCCACUCUGUAAAAGGUCAGGCUCUAAGCAUGCAAACAUAUUAGCUAGAAGAAACGGCACGAGCUCAGUUAUCUUACAUUUACCACACGCUCAGUAGGGAAAGUAAGGUCCAUCAUUGAGUAGUAAUGAAGAACACUUUGUGAUGGAAGUGGAGUGGACCAGAAACAAGAACAUAUACAAGAGUCAGUUCCUGGUACCACAGCAUGAAGAAGACCCCUGUUUAGGGAGUACCCCCGUGGUGGUCAGGAAAGCAGAAACCAGGACGGCAAGAACUCUACCUCACAGUUUUACGUAGCGGAUAGGUGUGCUGUUGUAGACUUCUAACCUGUAAAGGUCAUCGUUCUCAUCUUUUCAGCCCAGCUGUGUUUGUUUCGUACUUGGUGACAGUUUCUCUGCUGUGUGCCGUCCCCCUCUUCUGUUCAUUACACAGAGUAUUCGCCUAUAAAGUUAUGAUCAUUAUAUGUUUCUGAUACCCAUGUUCAAAAAUACCAGUGUGUGAUUUAUCUAACCUUUCUUACAGGAUUUCUAAGGGCUGGGAGAUUUGGCCUCUGUUGUACAUCCUUAUAAUGUGCCCAAAUUGUAAAUAUGCAAUAAAACCUUAAAAACAAUGGCAGCAGAUUUUGGUAUGUAUUUCUUUGCUAUUAAACAAGUUUGAUUUUUGUAAAUAAAGAUUGUUCAUAAGAUCUAGGUAGAAUUUAGUCAU